AUGGCGGAGGCGGUUUUCCUUCGUCGUAGUAGAAAACUGUUGGGUAAUGAUGAAAUCAAUAAUACUCCUCCUCCGCCUCCGCCGCCGCCGUCCCAAGGGUCUUUUUACUGGCCGCCGUUUCCACAGGUACCGUUGCCACCAGUUGUUUAUAAUGAUUUUCCGACACUUCCUCCGCCGCCGCCAAAGCAAGACUCCGAUCAAUCUCUCAUCCUCACCAUCGCCCUCCCAAUACUCUUCGCCACCAGUCUUCUCUCCUGUGGCAUCAGGCUGAUGUCACUAAGGGCGAUGAGGAGGAGCAGGAGGAGAGCGGCGGGCGCCGCGCAACCGCCGCAGGAAGGCGGCGGCGAGAUUUACAGCGGGCUCAUGGUGGACCACCCGAUCUGGUACAUACGCACCGUCGGGCUCCACUCCUCCGUCAUCAACGCCAUCGCCGUCUGCAAGUACAGAGAAGCGGAGGCGCUGCUGGGGAAACCAGCGGAAUGCGCCGUCUGCUUGAAUAUCUUCCAAGCAGAGGAUAACCUCAGGAUUAUGCCCAAAUGUAACCACGCGUUUCACGUUUCCUGCAUCGACACCUGGCUCAAAUCCCACCAGAAUUGCCCCGUGUGCCGCGCCGUCAUCGAGCUCGUCGACGUCCAAUACCCCGGCGCCGCCUCGCCGCGCCUGCCGGGAACUCCGGACAGGGAACAGGGACCGGAGACACGGAAUCUUGAACCGAGGAACAACGUUGCUAAGGAUGAGAACGGCAGCGAGUCGCCACAGGAACAAGUGCGCUAG